GUCACGACACCGGCAGACAGCAUGGCGAUCUGGAAGAGGUUUACCGGAGCAGUAGACUCAAGCGCUCAGUCAUUUCUGAAAAACAAGAGGUUCAGCAGGGAAAAGAGAAAGUUCACGUGGGAUUGGCACGCGUGGAACUUGGCGUUUGUGUCGACCCCGUCCUUGGUGCUAGCCUACUACCUUCACGGUGUAGAGAAGCAAAUGCUGGAGGACGCGUCCAUACGGGAAGAGAUCCAGGAGCGCACGGGUGUCAGUAGCCGCGGCUUCUUGAUACCAAAAAAGGAGGUUCGGGACGAGGUGCUGGGUAUGCUGAGUGCUGGAAACCAGCCCGGAAACGCGGGCGGCAAGGGCGGUGCCGGAGAGCAGCUCCGCCAUGAACGGCACGUACCGGCGGAUAGUGAAUCCAUCGAGCGCAGACUGGCCACCAUCGAGAGGAUGCUCAGCAUGCAGGGCGGCUCUAGCUCAUCAACACCAGGGGCUGGCAUCGAAAACGGAUCAGGACCAAUGACGGACUCCACGCUCAGCGGCACCUCUGGUGCUCGCCACGGGAAAAGAGUCCACAGCGCUAGAAACGCAGCGAGCAAGGCGGACAGCAGCUCUGGUGCCGAAGUGUCAACUUUCGAUAAGGCAAUAGAAACGGCGUCAGCAGCAGGCAGCUGGUUGCUUCAAACCGGCGAGGCGCAAGGCAAGCGCCUCUUGCAGAUCUGUCGGAGUUGGAUGGCUGGGGAUGAGCGUCAAGAAGAUGCAACCCGCUCGGAAAAACCCGGGUCGAGAAAAAUCGGGACCGGGCAACAAGAGCCAGGAGCAAACCAUGCGGACGUACGUAGACGAGAAGAGCUAGCAGCAAGGGCGCUUGCAGAGAGGGUGGCGAACAGGGAGCCAUAGUGGGACUUGGCGUCGAGGGA